AUGUCUCGUUCAAAUUUUGGACUGGAAAAUGUACGAGUUCUUCAUCAGACUGUGUACUUAAUUUCGUUAAUGACAAUUAUUCGUGAUAAAAAUACCAAUCAUUCUGAAUUUGUCAGAACAUCAAAUAUAAUCAUUAAUAUGCUGGUACAGGAGGCAAUGAAUUAUGUCCCCAUGAAGAAACACCUUAUUGUUAGUGGUUCUGGUGGUACAUACAAUGGCUUUAAGCCUGCCCAAAAAAUAUGUGGUGUAAGUAUUUUGAGAGCUGGUGAAAGCAUGGAACAUGGCUUGAAUGCUGCUUUUCAUUCCGUACCCAUUGGGAAAAUCCUUGUCCAAAGAGACGAGUUGACUUUUGAGUCCAAGCUCCUAUUCUGUAAAUUGCCCAAAGGCAUUGAAGCCUAUUUGGUUUUUCUUAUGGACCCUUUGUUGGCAACAGGAAACUCUUCUGUCCUUGCCAUCCAGGCGUUAUUACGAAAAGGUGUCCCAGAGGAAAACAUCGUUUUUCUUAAUCUGAUUUGUUGUUCUCAAGGUAUUGAGAAUAUUGGAAAGCGAUUUCCUAAACUCAAAUUGGUUACUGCAGCUAUCGAUCCAGAAUUAAAUGAUCAAUGCUAUGUGUUACCUGGCUGUGGAGACUUUGGAGACCGCUAUUUUGGUACUUCUUAA